UCGAAUCUUUCGAAUCACCAUCAACAACAACAAAAAAAUCGUUCAGUGCUCUUUUUACACUGCCAGGAGGAUGCAACAGACAUAUUUUGUGGUGUGUACAGUUCAAUAAACCAUUUACUCGAUUCGUUAACACCGAGUCAAAUGUGUCUUUCAACACCACCACGGACCUGACCAAUGAAACGGGCGCAAUGGUAUCUAGAGAAAUCCUCAUUUCGGCCGCACAGAAGUUAUUGUGUCCUCGUAAGAAACGUUUAUCUCCGUCUACAUGUCUUGACGUGACUGUUCAAAUAAUAGCUGUGGAUCUGGGCGUCAAACCUGCGCUGUUGUACGACAGUAAUGCAGCAUCUCCAGAACAGCUUCACCUGUACCUCAGUUCACUGCAGGAGUAUGGAGUUGUAACCAAUUCACUACGGAUACUGUCCAUUGAUGACAACACAUUCAUUUUUAACCCUGCCACUGUCCAGUCCCACCUGGAUGAACUGCUCAAAAGCAAAAGUCUCCUUCUAAUUGACGUAUGUCCCUCAAGAAAACAACCUGUCUUGGCUGGCUUGGAAAAGAGAACUGAGGAUAUGAUCAAAAGUCUUUCCGAAGUCAACACGAAUGAGAUGGACAAAGGCUCCUCUGUGAUUCUGUUGGGAGAAGAGUUGUAUAAUGACUGGAACUUGUGUACUCUCUUUGGAAUCCUGUUAGGUUAUCCAGCCUCCUACUGGUUUGACCAAACUAAAGGAUUUGGGAACUGUCUUUGUAUGACACCACUGGUGGUGUGCACUGUUUGCAACACAUGGCAAACACACGACAUAAAUCAUCACUGUUGUCUUUAUUCAUUUAGUGUUCCUGAGGAGCUGUGGUCAGAAGUACAAAGUCAUAUGCAGCGGUGGACAGAGAAUUUGAGAGAGAGAUUUAACAAACAGACAGUUCUGACUGAUCUCUGCUUUUCUAGGGAUACCAUCACUUUGCCCUCAGUGACCCUUUGAAUAAACGUGAUUUGUUUCUUUUUA